GAAAUGUUAAAUUAGUAUUACAUAACAUCAAGAAUUCAUGAAACCCAUUGUUACUCCUAACUCAACAUGAAUUCUACUAUGAGAACAGAGGUUAUGCAUAUUGUUUUUUGGUAUAGCAAACAGAGUUAUGUUCUCAUUUUAAGUCUAAGCUUUCGAACAGGGAAAGUUGAAGUACUAAAUGCUUGA